AUGGAAUGGAAUGAGCCAAAUGGUCCUGUAUCAAGGGGAGUAGGCUCGUCUACAUCAAGCUCGACUGCGGCUCGGCUGGGUCCGCGCCAUGAGGAAGGAACAGGGAGACAGUUUGGCUCACCUGCAGCUUAUUUGAUUCAGUCGGCCGCACGGUCCAUGCUGGACGAGGCGACCCCUGACACGGCUGUUUCUGGAGUUUCGGAUGAUGAAUGUGAUAGUGAUAGCAUUGUAGAUGGGAAAUAUGGCAGUCUCAGAAGCGUGGAUUCGUCGACAUUGAGUUCACUUCAGCACCGAACAGACCAACCUGCAAUCCCCAAUGAACAAGAUCGAAAGCGGUUUAUUGGAUGUCUGGCAGCAAUUCUCGCCUCAUCUUACGAUUACGACGAGCCGGACGAUGCUGCGUCGGUAAUAGACUUGGGAAGCGACAACUUUGCUUACCUUGAAUACAGUGGUGAGAGUUUGUAUGACAUUGAGGAUGACGACGGUGAAAAGUCUGAGCUAGGAAAGCCACGACAAUCGACUGGACUCAACACCAAAUCUCAUAGUUUUGACAGUAUUCAAACCCAGGGAUCAACUGAUUCAUUGGGAUUGACAAGGCAUUCAACAAGCGAAAUCAAUAGCAGACAUCACAAUCGAGGGAGGUCGGCUUCGGAGAGAGCAAAACUUGCGACACAGAGGCAUCGAAAAAGACGUUAUGGGGUGCUUUGUGAUCUCUUGGUGGCUUCAUCGGAUUUAUUGUUGCUUGACAAAAGUGUUGCAAGAGGGUUUCUACCGAUGCUAGGACGAGUACUUGUUCCACGAAACAAAGCUGGGAGUUCUGAUACGUCUUCAAGACCGCCGCUUCAUGGCAAAAAAGUUGCGCCGCAAACGUCCGCAGGUUCGAGCCGCGAAGAACCGUCGUCAAGGACUCAGAAUUCAUCACAACAAUCCUCUCAGUUCGGGUCUGACUGCCAGUCUUCACUGAAGGAGUUCAUUCCAGAAGAAGUCGACCGAGGAGAUAUCCUGCGACCAUUUUUGGAGUCUUUGACCCCCGGUUCAGGAUUCCGAUGUUUGUCGCUGCUCAUUUUGCAACAUUUGCUGUCCAGCGAAGUUGGGUAUGACUCUAGAAUACGGCAUGUGCUCAAGAAGGUUGGGGUUCUUGUUUUGAACCAUGACAUGGAACGUGAUCCUGUUGAACGUGGGUUAUUACCAGGCAAGGGGGAGCCGGAUUCCGAUGCGUAUGCAGAACUAUCAUCUCACGCUGCAAGGAAAUUUGAAUCUCUUGAGCACAGCAUCGCCCGACGAUUAAUUCGAUUGUCGGAGUCAAACAAGCAAAGAAAGUCAAAGGGAUCUAAUGUCAUGGUCGACAAAGGAAAAAAUAAUGACAGCGGUAUUACACGUGAAAUGAUUGUUCGCGGUGUCAAGAUUGGAUCUGCUGGCAUCGUUGCAGGAACUCUUUUCGCGUUAACUGGAGGACUUGCAGCUCCCGGUAUUGCUGCUGGAGUAGCAGCAGUUGCAGGAUCAACUGCAGUUGCUUCUGCCGCCGUCGGUUUACUAUCGAGCACUGCAGUGGUAACAACAAUAUUUGGAGUAGGCGGAGGAAGUCUUGCUGCAUUCAAGAUGCAAAGAAGAACACAAGGCCUUACAGAGUUUGAAAUAAGAAAAGAGACCCACCCCUCGGAAGAUAGUAACAACACUGACAUUGAAGCUGAAUUGUUCAGCACGAUUUGUAUAUCAGGUUGGCUCAGGGACAAGUAUGACUUUCAACGACCUUGGGGUAUACACCCAACGAAUCCAAGUCUUUUCAAUCGACUAGAGCUACUUCAACGAUUCUACUCCAUCCAUAGCCCUGAACAUGUACCGAAAUGUGAAAAAAUUCUCGCUAGUUGGGAAGGAGAGGAGAGAGAGCUAUGGGCCAUUCUCCAUGAAAAAUAUGGGUGCACUCCUGACCACCUAUUUCCAUUGGAUGACGGGACAAGAAUUCGUGGUGCCUUGAGCUUAGAUCAGGAAGAAAUCUUGGACCAGAUAUUCGUUGAGCUUGGUUACAACAGUGCCGCUCCAAAACAAGAGCGGCCGGGCGCUAAAGAGCCAACUCCAUUCGAGAGGAUGAAAGAGGGUUGGAGCAACCGACAUCAAGAAAGAGGAAAGCCAAAAUCGCGUGUUCGGAAUGCAGAUCAAGCCCAGUCAUCAUAUCAUCGAUACAACUCAACGCAGGGACCUGCAGGAGACAAACCGGAUGGGUCCAACGACGUUGACCAAGUAGAUAAUCAGCCACCAAAGCAUCUUGCAACUGUUUGGGAUUAUUCUUCCAUGUACGGAGGCGAGCUUUAUACUGUCCGAUGGGAAAGUCAGUUGCUGCAAACAUUAUGUGAUUGUGUGGUGGAUAUGGCUGUGGAUGUCGUUACUGGAGCUACCAGACAAAUCUUGAAACAAACAGUUCUUCAUACACUACUUGCAGCUGUCAUCUGGCCGUCCUAUUUGCUUAGUGCUGCUAACGUGAUUGACGGGGACUGGACCUUGGCUGUUGAACGCGCAGAUCAAGCUGGUAGAGAACUCGCUCGAAGCUUACUAUUCAGCAGAGCUGGUCGCCGACCUGUUGUCUUAAUUGGUUUCUCCUUUGGUGCCAGAGUUAUAUAUUCGUGUCUCAAAGAGCUUUUCCGGCUCCAGGAAGAUUGGGAGGAUUACCAAGAGCUGAAACAAGGCAAGGCGGAUUCCAAUAAUCGUGAAGACGCUCUACGACUUGCAAAGCUUCAUCGAAAGUUUGAUGGUAUGCGGGAGCCAGCUAGCGUCGUCGAAGAUGCGAUCAUGAUGGGUUUGCCCAAUCACUUAAGUUUAUCAUCAUGGAGAGGGUGUAGGCAGGUGGUUGCCGGCCGACUUGUCAACUGCUACUCAACGAAGGAUUUGAUAUUGUCGUUAAUGUUUCAAGCAAAACGGUCUUCUUUGGGGACUUUUAAUCCAGCUGAAGGGGUAGCUUCGAUUUUGAAGCCUGUAUGUGGCACUUGUCCAGUGCCAUUAUCGGGAGUCGAGAACAUUGAUAUAAGUGAUCUCGUGUCUGGUCACGAGGAUUAUUGCUUGGUAACAGGUAGAAUACUCGAGCGCGUAAGGCACGGACAACCUUUGAAGCAUGUCCCUUCAACUGACCCUUCAACUGAAUUCAACGGUGAUGCUCAGCAACUCAAGGCUAAAAAGAUAAGCUUUUGA